CUGCUACCCGUCGGAAUAAUCGACGCACCGGGUCGAGCGGAGUCGGUGUCAGACUACCAAGUCCGACUGAUAGCGACUGUAAAUGAUGAAAUGAAAGACUUUCUAUUUUACUCUAAAAUGGAGGACAUCCUUGGAAAAGAUCAUGCUGUUUCCCCAAAGUGUCUUAUAUCGCGUCAUUCAAGUGUCUCAAGUGAAGAAAUCCCACCCCCUCCCCCAGGAAAUAUUAAGAGAAUGCAUGAAUCUGAUUCAGAGGAAGAGAGAAGUUCGGGAAGUCAGAAGAAGAUAAAGAGAAGAAAAACUCGGUCAUCAGAGAUGGUUGAGUUUUUAACCACAUGUGAACAGAAACAAGAGGAAAGACACAGAAAGGAGAUUGAGCUGAGAGAACAAAUGCACAGUGACAGAAUUGAAAUGUUCAAAGCCCUAAUUGAAACAAUGAAAAAAUGACUUGGAAGUGCGGUUUGGAUGGUGUACAAUUUGUUUAGACAAUGAAAUGGACUGUAUUAUACUGGAUUGUGGUCAUUUAUACUGCUGCUCAGGAUGUGCCGAAAGAUUAUAAAGGAGUGUUCCAUUUGUCGGGGCAAACUUUCGAAAGUUGUAAAAAUUUUCAAAGCAUAAUCAAUUUGCUGCAAGAGAAAUUGGACUUCGAAGUUUGAAUAUCCAUGAUACGCACAUGUGUUUCACCUCCAGCUAAGCGGUGUAUUUUAAGUGUGCAAGUGGAGAGUUUUCAAGCCGCUGUGACGCAAUUUUUCAGAACCUUAUUUUAUAUUCAGAGUUCAGAGAUUCAGAGAUCAAUAAAAUAUCACACAUAU